UCUAUCACUAUAUACCAUGAAUAACACUUAAGUAGUUUUAAAUUAUUAUAGUGGAUCAAUCACUAUAAGUGUAACUAUUAUAAAAAAAAGUUCUUCCCUCCCCCCCCUAUUGCGCACUUAUGAAUGAUUUAUGUUUUUUUUCAGUUCGAAACAACAACUAUUAAAAACUGGUUUCUUACAAUCAUUUUAGUCCAUUAGUUUCUUAUAUAAUUCAUUGUAUAAUUAUGAACACUAUUGUAAAAUAUUACUUAAUUAUACUGUUUAUAAUAACUACCAUUGAAAUUCAAAAUAUUCGAAGUGCAUUCAAAAAGCGACCACCUACAUCAUUUUUAGUUAUGGAAAAUCUGACUUCAACAGAGAGAUUUAAGAAACUUUUUUAUCAUUGUUUUACUAGUUUCAGCACUUGGAUGGUUCUUUUAGGAUAA